AUGGCUCAUGUAUCUACCAUUUAUCUCUACAAGCCCAAUGGAGAUCCCGACUUCUUUUCAAUGGAGAUUCUUAAGAAUGCGUUGAGCAAAGUCUUGGUCACCUUCUAUCCACUUGCAGGAAGGCUUGUAUUUGACAGAGAUGGCUGCCCGGAGGUGGACUGCAAUGCCGAGGGCGUGCUCUUCCCCGUCGCACACGCAGAUUGCACUGUUGAUGGCUUUGGUGAUUUUCGGCCUUCACCGGCGGUGCGCCAACUUCUCGUCCCAUCGGUCAACGUGCCCGAGAAAUCAUGCAUCUUAGCUUUAUUUCAGUAUGGUGGAGUUUGCCUUGGUUGUGCCUUGCACCACUCGGUCAUUGAUGGGGUUUCGGCUCUUCAUUUUAUCAAUGCAUGGUCCGAAACUUCACGUGGUUUGGACAUAAUCUCUGUUCCUCCUUUUCGUGAUCACAUUGUACUUCAUGCUCGAUCACCACCAAAAGUCUCAUUUCAUCACAUUGAGUACACCAAUGACGGGAUCUACACCAUAUUCACCUCUCCUCCGCCGGAAGACUUGGUGGGACUAGAAGAAUGUGAGACAGCUAUACUCACAAUAUCUAAGGACCAACUGGACACCCUCAAAUAUGGUCUUAAUGGUGAAAGAAAUCUCAGCACUUUCAAAGCAGUGGUUAUGCAUGUCUGGCGUACAAUGUGCAAGGCCCGAGAACUCCAUGAUGAGCAGUAUACAAGGUUUUUCUUGGCUACCGAUGUUCGUGCAUGA